ACCACAAGGGCCAAAACAAUAAUUUACUCGUGGAAAAGUGAAAUCACAGUAACCCGUCGGUUAUCAACUUUACUGUAAAUGGCACUUCCAUACUCUCAUAACAAUAUCAUACCAUCUUCUCCAACAAAUCGUCCAACAAUUAAUCAGUUUCACCCGUCGUAAAUGAAAUGUAAUCACUCCGAUUAAACCCUAGAAUUCCUCAAUCCAAUCGUCACAAACCACAAAAUCCAAACUCAUCGAUGAUCAUCACCAUUCUUCGUGCAUGCCACAAAUCUCAUCUCAACAAUGUCAUGGGGAUUAGGUUGGAAGAGGUUAUCAGAUAUGUUCCAUCUAUCAUUGCAUUACGGUACAGAAGAUCCGUUAGACGAUCAAACGUCUUCCGGAUCACCGUCAAAAGAGAAUUCUAAUGAUCAUGAGUUAGGGUUUCGAAUUGAUCUGGAUUGGAGUGCGAGAGAUGACGAUGUGCAGGUGGCGUUGAGGCUGCAAUCUCAGGUUACGGUUGCGUUACCCUUGCCGCAAGAUACGGUGGUGAUUAGGCUGUGUGCAUGUGGUGAUUAUGGGGAUGGGGAUGGGAAGUUGGUGUGUUUGGGGAUGGAGGUUGUGAAGCAGAGGGAUCCGCUUAGGGUGGUGGUGAUGUCGCGGAUAGGCGGGUCUGGACAACAGUAUGAUGGGAUGGGGGUGCUGACUAAGUUGUUGAAGUCGGAUUUUGCUGGUGAGUUUGGUGGUUUGGGUAUGGGUCAUGGUGGUGGGGUGGGGGUGGGGGUGGGUAGAUUGUGCGCUGAUCAUUGGAUGAAUGUUAGUGUUCUUAGCGUCUGUCGUUGCGGAUUGUCUAUGCUUCCGGUAGAGUUGACUAAACUGCCACUUCUUGAGAAGCUAUAUCUUGAUAACAAUAAGCUGUUAAAUUUGCCCCCUGAAGUUGGUGAUUUGAAAAAACUUAAAGUACUCACAGUUGACUACAACUUAUUGGUUACUGUACCAGUUGAACUCAGGCAGUGUGUUGGACUCGUGGAGUUAUCACUUGAACACAAUAAGCUAGUCCGUCCUCUUCUUGAUUUCAGGGCCAUGGCUGAGUUACGUGUUCUAAGGCUAUUUGGUAAUCCGCUUGAAUUUCUUCCUGAAAUUUUGUCUUUGCACCAACUCCGCCAUCUUUCUGUUGCAAACAUUCGGAUUGUUGCAGAUGACUAUCUAAGAUCUGUGAAUGUGCAGAUAGAGGUGUUGAAUAACUCUUACUUUGUUGCUUCACGACACAAGCUGAGUGCAUUCUUUGCUCUAAUAUUUCGCUAUUCAUCAUGCCACCAUCCUUUGCUUGCAUCUGCCCUUGCAAAGAUAGCUCAAGAUGAAGGAAACCGUGUCGUUAUUGGUAAAGAUGAAAAUGCAAUACGGCAACUCAUAAGUAUGAUUAGUAGUGAAAAUCAUCAUGUGGUUGAGCAGGCUUGUUCUGCACUUACUUCUCUUGCCUCAGAUGUAUCUGUGUCACUUCAGUUGAUGAAAUGUGACAUCAUGCAACCCAUUCAAAGAGUUUUGAAAUGUAAUGGCCCUCAAGAACUGAAAUCUGUCUUGCAAGUCGUCGCAAAGUUGGGGUUCGUUUCUGACAAAGUGGCCCAAAAGAUGAUGAAUAAGGACGUCAUAAGAUCAUUAAAGUUGUUAUGUGUACAUAAAGAACCAGAGGUUCAAAGGUCUGCGUUACUAGCUAUUGGGAACUUAGCCUUUUGUUCAGAAAACCGGCGGAUUCUUGUUGCUUCUGAAAGUUUGAGGGAUCUUCUUUUGCAACGUACAGUUACAUCUGAGCUACGUGUGAGGAAAGCUGCAGCUCGUGCUCUAGCUAUACUAGGUGAGAAUGAGAGUCUGAGGCGUUCUAUAAAAGGAAGACAGGUGGCAAAGCAAGGACUGAGGAUACUUACGAUGGAUGGAGGUGGGAUGAAAGGUCUUGCUACUGUACAAAUUCUUAAGGAAAUUGAGAAGGGUACCGGUAAACAGAUACAUGAGAUGUUUGAUCUUAUAUGUGGCACGUCAACCGGAGGCUUGCUUGCUGUUGCUCUUGGAAUUAAACUCAUGUCGUUGGAAAAGUGUGAAGAUAUAUACAAAAGUCUAGGAAAACUUGUGUUUGCGGAACACGUUCCGAAGGAUAACGAAGCGGCAACUUGGAGAGAGAAGUUCGAUCAGCUUUACAAAAGUUCAUCACAAAGUUUUAGAGUCGUUGUGCAUGGAUCUAAACACAGCGCUGAUGAGUUUGAGAGAUUGUUAAAAGAGAUAUGCGCCGAAGAGGAUGGGGAUCUCUUAAUAGACUCAGCAGUAAAAGGGAUCCCAAAAGUUAUUGUGGUAUCAACUUUAGUCAAUAUGGCACCAGCUCAGCCGUUUAUAUUUCGUAAUUAUCAGUACCCUGCUGGCACAAUAGAAGCUCCUUUGACAAUCUCAGCCAACAAUGAGUCAGUUACAUCAACCUACGGUGCUCAAAUUGGAUAUAAACAUGGUACUCACAUGGGAAGUUGUAGACAUCAUAUAUGGCAAGCUAUACGAGCAUCGUCUGCAGCUCCGUAUUAUCUUGAUGAUUACUCUGAUGGUGUAUUCCGUUGGCAAGAUGGUGCUAUUGUUGCAAAUAAUCCUACUAUAUUUGCUAUACGAGAAGCACAACUUCUAUGGCCAGACGCAAAAAUUGAUACCUUAGUUUCAAUUGGUUGUUGUACUGUUCCAACAAAGGUUCGAAAAGGCGGGUGGCGUUAUUUGGAUACUGGUCAAGUAUUGGUUGAAAGUGCAUGCUCAGUCGACCGCAUAGACGAUAUGUUAAGCACAUUGCUUUCAAUGAUUCCCGAUAUUCAGUAUUUUCGGUUCAAUCCAGUUGACGAACGCUGUGAUAUGGAGUUGGAUGAGACUGAUCCCACAGUAUGGCUUAAGUUGGAGGCAGCCACUAAUGAUUAUAUCAAGAACAAUUCUUCGGCUUUUGAAAAUGUGUGUGAAAAAUUGUUGCAGAAUCAUAAUGAUGAGAAAUAUCUUGACAAUCUACACUCUCAACAGUUGUUCAAGGCAAAACGUCCAUGUACUGGUGAAAACGGAGCCUAUUUAGGUUGGAGGCGUAACAUGCUACUUGUGAAGGCUUCAAAUUCCGGAAAUAAUUUCAACCAUGUUCAAUCACUUGACACAUUUUGUUGUGGAAAUGGAAUAAAACUAUCUGUUAUGGAUGUGACAACAUCCGAAACGCUUAAGCCGGUACCAGAAACAUCAUUUCCGUCACCAUUUGCAUCCCCAUUGUUCAGCCCAUCAAGUCCACAUCUCUACAGUUGUGGUAUAAUGGCACAUUUAAGCCUUGAUGGAAAAAUUGGCCCUCAAGAAUCACCGACUGCAGCUAGACAGCUUUCGGUUCCUAUUCGCUUGUUGCAUGACAAGUUACAAAAUUCCCCACAUGUUGGAGUUGUUCAUUUGGCUCUUGAAAACGAUACAAAUGGAUCAAUAGUAAGCUGGCAAAAUGAUGUGUUCGUGGUUGCUGAACCGGGAGAACUUGCAGACAAAUUUCUGCAAGAUGUGAAAUGCAGCUUUCAGUCGAUGCUGAAAGGGCGUCGUAGGAGACACAUGUCACACAUUUCAAACAUAUCCACUGUUGCUGAUUUGGUAGCCUGUAGACCUUGCUUCCAGAUUGGGGUUGUUGUACAUCGCUACAUAGGUCGCCAGACUCAGGUGAAUGAAGAUGAUCGAGAAGUUGGGGCUUACAUGUUUCGCAGGACAGUUCCUUCUAUGCACUUGUCUCCUGCAGAUGUUCGUUGGAUGGUUGGUGGUUGGAGAGACAGGAUCAUAAUAUACAGCGGUUUAUACGGGCCAUUUCCAGCUCUAAUAAAGGCGUUUCUAGACUCAGGUGCUAAAGCAGUCAUAUGCCCUACAACAGAACCCAAAGAGAUGCAGACACAGUUAACAUCAUUCUACGGAUCUUGCGACUACUUGAGUGAAUUACAGAACGCUAAAUUCGAGAUUGGAGAGGAACCUGAAGACGAGGAUCUCGGAAUCACAACCCCUAGCAGCGAGUGGGAGAACAUGACUGAAAGAGACACUCCCUGUGCAGAUGGAGGAACCCUAAUUUGGGACGAUGAUGACGAAGAAGAACUCUCCAAGUUCAUAUGUGAGAUCUAUGAAUCGAUACAUCUGAGAGGAGAAAGAGUUGAUUUUGCUGUACGACAGGCGCUUGCGUCUCAUCGAUCGAUCAGGUACUCGUGUCAUCUUCCUCGUAUGCUCUGAUUCGAUCCUGUAAAAACUAUAAACCAUAUAGCCAUACCAGGAAGGCGGGAAAUUGGUAUGUUAAAUGAGAAAGAAACCGAAAUACGAAAAAGAAUAUUAUUUUAUUGUUUAUAUAUUUUAUAAGAACAGUUAAUAUAUUAUUUAUUUAUUGAAUGCAAUAAAAAUUCGAAAAAGGAUAUGGG